CACUGGGCUGACGUACUGGAAGGGCUCCUGUUUAUAAAGGGGCGGCGGAUGGGGCCGUUUCUCCUUUCCCAGGCAUAUCUUGGGAAAAUUGUGAGUGGGGCUCUUUUUGUUGCUGUUGGCAAUGCUGAGGUUGGGGCUAUGUGUGUAGGCGGGGUGGGAGAAAGCUGACCCCCCGCCCACCCCAAUUACCCCUUGGCAAACUCCCCUGUUUUCUCUGUCGUUGGGAGGAAUUGGGAAAGAGUGUGCGAGCAAAGACUGGCCAUGGCGGUAUUCGCUGGCGAGGAGCGGGUGGUCUACUCCAGAUCGCAGAUGGUGUUCGCGGGAACAAAGGCACUGGAGGAUGCGCUCAAGAUCUUCAUGCCCAAGUGCAGCGACUUUCACAACUCGGAGAUUGAGCUGUGGGACUUCCUGUGCAGCAUGAGGGAGGAAGGCUUCACCCCGGUCAUCCUCCGCAGCAAGGACGUGUACGGGUAUUCUUCGUGCCGCUCCACGGUGCCCGAAGCGAAGCCCACGUCUGAAGUCAAGCCCAGCGCCGAGAGGGCGCCCAGGAGUCGGCGAGGGAGACAAAGGAAUGCGGGGGAGCCCGUCACUAAGAAACGCAAAAGCUGCCUGACAAAGACCUCACCUUCCCAGGUCGUCAGCCGGGUUUUGCGAGGCAGCUUGUCCAGCAAAACCACUGCCUCUCGCCCAUUCGCCUUCCCAACCAUAAAAGUUGAAGAUUCAUCUUCAGAUGAAAGUGUUUCCAAGGCACGUCAGAGGGCUCAAAAAAUUCUUAAAGUAAACUUGUCUCCCGUGAUCAGGUUGAGACCUGUGAGAGUGCCGUGAUGAGGGUUCGGUUGAUGGGAUACUUUUUUUUAAAACAAUGACCAUAAAUAAAUAAUUGAAGAACAUGGAAACGGAAUGGAAAUUGGUUUUUCGAACCUUUAUUGACUUAUCAUGUUUAUGAAUUCAACAACUCUCACUACCUCCUUUCUCUGUGAUUGGUGUUGUGUACGUGCAAACCAAUUUGGCAAGCUCGUAGAAUAAAUAGUGAUUCAAGGAUAUAUUGAGUUUACAGAGCUUUGAAUGCAAUUAAAGUUGAAAUAUCGCAAAAGAGCAGGACGGGUGAGAAGUUGCAGCAUUUUAGCAAUGAGGAUCCGAUUGCGACAUUCAGCUACACCGUUUUCUUUGUCUCUGUUUCCUGUGGCUAUUUCGAAUGUUCAUCUAUAAAUUACAAAUUGCUGGAGCUUGCAGCUCAUAGAUCACUAGAUUUACAAAUUGUGCUCACACGAGUUGAGAAUAUUUUGUGGUAUCCCACCAUUCUCACAUUUUUGCUCAUGAUGCAAAUUAGAGGCUUCAAGAAAGACAAAGCUGAUUAGGUCUGGUUCCAGGGUGAGACUGCACUAUCCAAUUUAACUUCAACAGUUCAACUGCUAAUCAGAUGACUUGUUUUGGACUGCAAGAGCAAACAAAAGCCAAUGCAGAGCAUUGAUCCUCUAGUAGCCAUGAAAGUUGUCAGUUGACUGGAUGGCCAACCUGCAGAGUAGUGAUUGUGGAUCUCAGGCGUCACAAUGUAGCCCUUUGCAGCAAGCAAUUUCAUGAAUUGAGCGAUGACGUUGGAGUCUUGGGGUUCAAUAGUCAGAUUGGAUUUUUUUGGGGUUGCAAGACUGUGCAGCGAAAGGAAUUUGGCUCGUUUCAAUUCAGCUUGUAAAACCUGAGUUCCCAAUGGAGAUGUUUACUAGCAUAGAUCAGUUGAAGGUGGAGAUGCAUUUUCCCCGGUGUUAUCAAACAGAAAACAGUAGCACAAGCGACCCUUAUGGGUAUGCCCACUGAGAACCCUGCAUGGCUGAUUUGGGUUAGAGUUGACAUGGAUGAUUUGUGGGGGAAAAAAUGACAUUUUCUUGGGAGGGGGAUGAGGUACUGCUUUGAGUUGAGGUCAAAUGCAAGAAAUUUGGCCAAGACUAUUUAGAAGAGGUUCAAGGAAAAUGAGCAAGAAUUUCAUUUUUAAAACUCAUUGUACUGCAAUCAAAUGCGAAAAGAGUGGGACAAAUGCGUGUUGUAGUCAUUAUGACAGCUUGUGCCAUCUAAUUACAAAUUGUGAAUUAGCAAAGACCUGCUAUCUAUUCCAAAUUAAGCAUUAACAUGGAAAAAUGUGUACAUACAUGCAUUUUUGAAGUACUUUUUGUGCACUUCAAAAAAAUUGUCUGUUUUCUUGAUGAUUCAUGUGCUAAAUUUUCAAGGUAGAAUGUAGGUUUCUAUUGUGGGAGUUAGAAUUCUGAGAAAGCAAGGCUGUGUUGUGAUUCAAAAUAAAUCUAUCCAAGUAAGCAAACCAAAGUGUCUUGCCCUGGAUUGGUGAAACAUUUGGUUGGUUCUGAUUUGAAAUUGAUCUGUACUGGUUGAUUCAUUUAUCAUUUUGUGAGCAUGUGUUUCAAUUAUCAAAUCAGCCUUUAGCUCAAUAUAACCACGGCAGAAAUGAAAUGAGCAUUUAGAGGUUGUAUAUUUUUGACUACACCUUUUGCAGCAAAUAUUUAUGGAUUGUUUUCAUAUGAAUAAGUGCAUAGGUUGAGUGCAAAUAUAGGCAUUAAAAUUAUUUGGUGAGCACCUAAGCGAUAGUGAAGAUGGGAAUACAUGAAUAGAUUUUCCAUUGCAUCACAUUACUUGCACUUUCCAAAAAAUGAGUUUUGUGGUGGAGUUUACAUAUUUAAUAAACUCAGCUUUCCAUGGUUGCCUUUCUAAACAGUAAAGACACAUUGAAACCUCAAUUUUUAAACUUCUAUUUUAGUCAAAUAAUCUCUUCAAAGUUGUAGAAAAUGAACAAUGCAGGUGGGGGUUUUAUUCCAUUAUUGCAAGAUCCUACCAAACAAAACAAUUUGCCAACACAACUUAGAUCGAUAAUGUAUUGUUAGAGUUGUAAUAGAAGCUACCCUCGUUGAAUGAUUCUGAACAAUAUCUGAAAUUGAAGCUUUGUUUCACUAUUUUAUUAAGGGAGCUCACCUUUGACAGUUUUGUAUAAAUUUUGCUUUGUGUUUAUAGACUUUGGAAUAUGUUGUAAGUGAAGUACUGAAAUCGGUAGUUUUAAGAUGUAUUUCAAAAAAUGGUAUGUAGGAUAGUAAGUUAGAUGGUUUGAAUGGGAUUUCUAUUCACGAAAAAUGUUCCUUGAAAGCACACUUUGCCCUCACACCCUCUCUACCACCCAAUUCCAACUCUCUCCUGUCCCACCCUAACAAAUCAAAAUAAAAUCAGGGAUGUAUCGCUGACAUUAUUCAAUGAUACAUUGGUCAAAUUCAGAGGAAGAUAUAAGAAAAGAUAGUCAAUUUGAAAUAAAUUUAAUUUUUAGUUAUAACCUGUUCACUUAGGUGCAUUUGAAUUAUACCUGUAACAUUUGUGUGAAGUCAUGCAGUUACAGUGUGAAUACAGUGUGAAUCUGGUAUUGAGACAAGAUCUGACCUGGUACUGGGUGAAGUAAAAGUCCUGCAAAGAGAUUCUUUCAUUUGAGAAACAAUUUAUAUCUCAUCUGAUUCCUAUAACAAAAUAGUACUAAGUGGUUUUGGCAAUCUAUUGACCACAAAACGUUUGAAUUAUGAACAAUCAGUUUAUUUUACGAUGGUAAUUCAUACUUUGGUGGUGUUGACCAUACUCAUUCUGUUUCCAGGACUUUCCUCCAAUUGAUAUUCUCCUGUGACUCAAUUCUAUGUUAAUACCUCAAUAGCUUAAAGAUUUUUUUGUAAAUUCUUGUAUCAUUUUUUGUAAAUGGUGUAAUUUUUAAUGUUGAAUAAAAAGGACACUUACCGGAACUGAAA